UCUCUUGCUAGCUUCUCUUCUCAGGCUAGCCAUCCAUCGCCUCUUCUCCGGCCGGCCGGUGCAAGAGCAACCAUGGCCGCAAUGAUGGUGCGCGAGGUGCUGUACGUGUACAGCGUCGCACGGCAGGCACACGAGAGGUUCUUGUCCGUGUGCGGCAGCCCGGAGAAAGCCCAGAACACGGUGGCGCUCCUGGUGUGGCUGGACCAGGGCACCAUCUCCGCCAUCCACCACGUACCAGCCAUGGCACCCGACGCCGUCGCCGUCGUCGCAGAAGAGGCCAACGCCGUCCUCGAGUGCCUCCGCCACCAGGUGCCUGAGCUCCCGCCCAUCCCGCUCAUCUCCGCGCUCUGCAUGCAAGGCGGUUUCCACAUCGAGCUGAGCUUCUUCGCCUUCCACCAGGACCUCGUCGUCCGCGGGGUCGCCCACUACCUCGACGGUGCCGGCAAGUUCGUAUUCGACGACCGCCUGCACGCCCUGCUCCGGAGGUCUGAGACUGGGCUGAUUGUCAACCCGCCGGAGCUCAUGGCGCCCUACACCUCCCAACCAGUGGCCAUGCCGGAGGACUGCCGGUCCAUGUUCAUCACCUUCUCCAAGGGAAAUGCCCUCCACCGCGAGGAGAUCUUUGAGUACUUCAGGCAGAAGUGGGGUGACUGUGUGGUGAGGGUGCUCAUGGAGAAGACGAAGGGUGGCCACACGGCCAUGUACGACCGGAUCAUGUUCAAGACAGAGGUGAUCGUGAAGCUCGUGCUCAACGGCGAGAGACUCGUCAAGAUCUCCAUUGGACAACGUGAGAUUUGGCUCCGCAAGUACGUCCCUAGGCCAACCAACGCUGCGGCCUGAUCCAUGAUUCCAUCCAUCGUCGUCUCGUCUAUGCUUGUCUAUGCUCAUGCUAGCUAGCCAGAUCUACCAAUGGAUUUGUAAGGUACCAUUUCAAAAUGGAUUUUGUAUUGAAAUUAAGGGGAAGA